CCCGGGUCCCGAGGUGUGAUGGCACUGGAUUUAGUUGGAGGACCUGAUUUAACUGGGAAUUAGCUGAUACCGCCAUCAUGCCGGCCAAACCUGCCCCGAUCAAGAAGGCGGCGAAGAAGGAGUUACCUGAGAAGAAGGUGGAGAAGGCCCCCGAGCCGGCUCCUGAGCCCGAACCCGCUCCCGUCGAGCCCGAAGCCGCUCCCGCCGCCGUCGAGGAGGCUCCCCCAGCGGAGGAAGCCCCUGCGGAGACCCCGGCCGAGGGCGCCGCGGAGGCCCCCGCAGAGGUGGUCGUCGAGGCUCCACCUCCACCUCCCCCUGCUGACUCUGCUGACGCGACCGAGGCUACCGCUGAUCCAGAAGCUAGCACUGACCCUGCGGCUAACGCUGACCCCGCCGCUGAAACACCUGUCGCAGAGGAGCCCAAAGCGCCUACACCUCCACCGCCACCACCCAAAGAGCCAACCAGCGCUCCCCUGGAUCUGUUUAUCGAGGACAAGAACGACACGUCGGUGAGCAUCAUCUGGAGCGGGCCUGAGACCGUGGGAGACUCUGGCCUCGACGGGUACCUCAUUGAGGUGUGCAAGGACGGAACCGAGGACUGGAAGGCAGUGAACGAGGAGCUGCACAAGUCCACCCGCUACGCCAUCAAGAACCAGACGACCGGCGACAAGCUGAAGAUCCGCGUGGUGGCGGUGAACGCGGGUGGCCGCAGUGCCCCCGGGGCCCUUCCCGAGGCCGUCCUGGUCAAGGAGGUGGCAAACCGUCCCAAGGUCCGUCUGCCUCGCUUCCUCAGACAGAGAUACGUGGCCAAUGUGGGGGCAAAGAUCAACCUCACUGUCCCCUUCACUGUGAGCGCCACUCCGCUGACACACCCCACGAACACCCGACACACCACACGACAUACACCUGAUGUGCACCUGACAUACACGUGAGAUACACCUGAGACA